AUGAUAUACGGACUUUAAUGCAGAAAACAUCCGAGUAUUUAAGUAUCUUUUGUAUGCACAAAAGUGAAUUGUAAUUAUGGUAAUCUUCUUUGCUAAUAAUGUAACUUCAUUUAUUGAAAUAUUAGGUAUAAAUGGAAAUUUAUAACAUAAAAAUGAGCACAAGAAUUAUUUGAAUUAGCUUAAUGAAUUUGUCUAUCAAUAAAAUGGAAAAACUAAAACUGUUUUGAUUCCUAAUAUUAAUAGUACACUUUAAGAAUUAGAUAAAAAAAUAAAGGAAUAUAAUGCAUAGAUAGAUAGAGAGGCAUAAGAAAUUGAUUCAGAUAUUUAACAAUUGUUCAAAAUAUUUUCUGAUAGUUCAGAAAGAGCUAAGAAAUAGAUUUAAGAGAUUAUUAGAAGAGACUUAUGUGAAUAAUAAGUCAAAAAUCUAAAUUUUAAAUAGCAAUUACAAGAAAUAUAAUCUAAUGAGUAAAAAAGAAAUGACAAUAACAAUUAUUUAUUCAAUUCAAUAUUUUCUAGAGACCAAGAUAAAGAAUUACCUGUAUCUGAAUAAUCUUUGAUGUAGAUUAUCAACAAGUAUAAAAUACUGUAAUAUGAAGAAAUGGAAAUCUGAAUUAACUACGAUGUGACAUUCUAAAUUGCUUAAAUAAUGUAGUUAGUACAUUAUAACCAUCAAGUAACAGAAUUCGCUACAAGAGCACCUAAAAUUAAUUGUAAUAAUUCAAUCUUCUCAAAAAUGACUUCACACAAAGUUUGAAUUUUCUAUUCUAGAAAUUAGCAGAUCUUACAUAAGAUUUUCAUACAGUUGAAGAUAUGAAACGUAGUUUGUAUUAAUUUGGGUCUUUAGAGGGUUCUUAAUCACUAAAAUAAUCAUAAGUUGUAUAAAGAACUUUAGGAUCAUCUCAGUUCAUAAGUACUGGACACCAAAGUUAAAGAUUUCAUAGAUCAAAUAGUUAAUCUUAAAUUAUGAGUGUAAAGACUCUAGAAUCAUUUCCACCUUUAUCUUCAAUGAUUUAAUAAAUUUUGAAUAAGAUAAGUCAUUUAUAACCUCCUUAGGCAGAUUCUUUAUUGAAUAAUAUUGAAACUGUGCCUCCUUGUUUAUUCCCUGAUGGCAUAAUUUAUGAAGGUCAGAUAUAGAAUAAUUAGAGAUUUGGUUGGGGAAGAGCCAUUAUAGGACAAGACUAUUAUGAAGGAUAUUGGAGAGGUGGAUUGCCUUUUGGAUUUGGAAGAAUAAUAUUAGCAUCUGGAGAUUAUUAUGAGGGAUUCUCAUAAAAUGGUAAAGCACAUGGUAGAGGGAUAUUUUGUUAGGGCAAUUAUUCAUAUGAAGGAGAUUGGGAAGAGGAUUAAAAACAUGGGAAAGGAUUAGAGGUAGUAUAAGGAAAGUAUGAAUACAAAGGAGAUUUUAAGAAUAAUAUUAAGUGGGGGGAAGGGAGAUUGGUUGAUUUUAUAACAGGGAAUAUAUAUUAAGGGGAAUUUUAAAAUGAUUAAUUGUAAGGAGAGGUUACAAUUGAAUAUAAAAAUGGUGACAAAUAUUAUGGAUAUGUUAAAACAGAGGAUGGAUAGAUAAAAAGGCAUGGAUAAGGAGUAUAUUAAUGGGUAGACUCUAGGAAAUAUGAAGGACAAUAUGAAAACGAUAAAGAACAUGGAGAUGGACUAUUUAUAUGGUAUUUUUCAUUUUCAUAUUGAAUUGAUUAGGCCUGAUUAAUGGAUGUAUAAAGGAUAGUGGUAAUUUGGGAUGUAACAUGGUUAGGGAAUCUAAUACAAUCCAUAAGGGAAAGAGAGAGAAGGAAUUUGGUAUAAUGGAGUAUUUAAUAAAUGGAUUAGUUGAA